AUGUCUCCAACAAUAGAUGACCGGCCAUCACCCCAGUACGAACGACCUGCGAGUCUGCGACGGAUGGAGAGCGUGACGCCGCCCAAGUCGGUGGACGAGUACGACCUGGACGACCUGGGCUCGGCCGCGACCGGGCCCAAGGGUGUGGUCCAUUGCUUCCCCGUCGACGACGAGCCGACCACACCUUCCGACUUGCGAGACUACGUGAUCGACCCCGAGGAAGAGAGAAAACUGGUGCGCAAGCUGGACUGGCACAUUAUUCCCGUUGUGGUGGUGGCAUACGUGUUCGCGUUCUUGGACCGGGCACAGAUUGGCAACGCCGCUGUCGGGGGUAUGACCGCCGACCUCAACUUUCCUCCCAACGGGCUAUCAGUGGCAACGAGCGUGUUUUACGCAACCUACGUCGUGUUCGAAACCCCGUCCACUGUCCUGCUCCGCACGCUCCGCCCCAGUCGCCUGAUGCCCAUUCUGACCGUCACAUGGGGGGUCAUCACCAUCGGCAACGGCUUUGCGCGCAACUACGAGACGGUCAUCGCGUGCCGCGUGCUCUUGGGCGUGACCGAGGCGGCCCUCUCACCAUGCUCCGUGCUGUACAUGACGUCGUUCUACCGGCGGAGCGAGCUCGGCCUCCGCCUGUGCUACAUGUACCUGUCUGUCGCCGGGUCGGGCACCGUCGGCGGUCUGCUGGCCGCCGGCCUGCUCAAGAUGGAACACCUGCACAUGUCCAUCCGCGGCUGGCGGUGGCUGUACAUCAUCGAGGGCUCCGUUACCGUCCUCUGGUCCGUGGCCGUGUAUCUGCUCGUCGCCGACGACCACCGCACGGCCCGAUACUUGACCGACCGGGAAAAGUUUCUCAUGCGCGUCCGUGAAGCCAAGGAGGGCGGGUAUGCCCAGGACGAAGGGUUCUCCUGGGUCGAGAUCCGCAAGGCGCUCGUCGACCCCGUUAUCUGGCUCUCGGCGUUUGUGCAGCUGGGCAUCGACACGUGUCUCUAUGGGUUUGCGACGUUUCUCGUCGUCAUUGUCAACGAGUUUGGAUUCAAGGUCGUCGUCUCACAGCUCCUCACCGCGCCUGUCAACUUUUGGGGUGGCGUCACCUACUUGUGUGCCAUGGUCGUCUCAUUACGGUAUCGUAACAUGCGCUACAAGCUCAUGAUCACGCUCGCCGUCCCCACAGCUAUCGGCUAUGCCGUCCUCUUGGCAGACAUCGAGUCGGUGGCGGGUCGCCUCGUCGCCUGCUUCUUGGUCAGCACAGGCCUGUAUAUCGCGGUCGGGCUCCACAUCACCUGGCUCGGUCUGAACAUUGCCGGUUUCCGGAAACGUUCCACGAGCGUCGGCAUCCAGCAGUCGGUCGGCAACAUUGGAGGCGUCAUUGCAGGCCAAAUCUUCCGCACACGCGACGCUCCCCAUUACCAGCUGGGCCACGGCGUCUCGCUCGGCAUGUGGCUGCUGGCUAUGAUCGGCAUGUCUGUGGAAUACUUUAUCUGGCGGCGCCGUAAUGCGCGGCGGGCAGCCUUGGGGGAAGAGGAAAAGGCCGCAAUUGACGCAAAGGGGGUCACGGGCGACCACCACUACUUGUACCGCUACGCACUCUGA